AUAUUCCAAGAUCUAUUAGCCCAUGAUCGCGAGGCUAAUGAUAUUGUGGAUGAUUUUCACAGUUUUGCGGGCCUAGGAUCGCGACGGAAUGGUAUCAGCAUAGCGGUACGACGACAACAUCUAUAUGAGGAUGCAUUCGAGGCGUUAUCGCUCGGCAAUGGUAAGUAUUUGUUGGAAUAG